CCGCGGCGCGUCCCGUCCCGCUCCCGCCAUGGGGGUCCCGGCCUUCUUCCGCUGGCUCAGCCGCAAGUACCCCUCCAUCGUCGUCAACUGCGUCGAGGAGAAGGUGAGCCGUCCGCACCACGCGGGCCCGCUGGGGGCCGCCCCGGGGCUCCGAGGGGCGGGCGCGGGGGUCCGGGCCCGUGGGGCCGCACCAGUGCUGAGUCCCCGGUGCUGGAUCCCGGGCGUUGAAUCUCCCGGUGCUGGAUCCCGGGCGUUGAAUCUCCCCGGGUGGGUUGUGGCUUUGUUUGGGUUUGUUUUUUUCUUGGGAGGUUUGUGUGGUGGUUUUUUUUUUUUUGUUUUUUUUUUUUUCCUAGGAGGGGAGGAGGUUUUGGAGUUUUUUUUCCGGACUUUGAAACGGUGGUGGUGCGGGAGGAGUUCUGGCAGCGCCUCAUUCCCGGCAGGAGGAAUGGGCACGUCGAGGGAGAGGGGAUGGGCGCCGGAGCAGGGGAUGGGGCUGCUCCUCCGAUUUUCCACGGAAAAGUCGAAUUUGCCUUACUCGGCACUUGAGCCAAAGAAUGCAAUGGUGUCAAGGUCCCCAUUGACACCAGCAAACCCAACCCCAACGAGGUGGAGUUUGACAACCUCUACCUGGACAUGAAUGGCAUCAUUCACCCCUGCACACACCCAGAGGACAAGCCAGCGCCCAAAAAUGAAGAUGAGAUGAUGGUGGCGAUUUUUGAGUACAUCGACAGGAUCUUCAACAUUGUGAGACCAAGGAGACUCCUCUACAUGGCCAUAGAUGGAGUGGCCCCACGUGCUAAAAUGAAUCAGCAGCGGUCCAGGAGAUUCAGAGCCUCAAAGGAGGGCAUGGAAGCUGCUGAGGAGAAGCAAAAAAUCCGGCAGGAAAUUCUGGCCAAAGGUGGCUUCCUGCCUCCAGAGGAGGUGAAGGAGAGGUUUGACAGCAACUGCAUCACCCCGGGAACUGAGUUCAUGGACAAUCUUGCUAAAUGCCUCCGCUAUUACAUCGCUGACCGCUUGAACAGCGACCCGGGCUGGAAGAACCUGACUGUUAUUUUGUCAGAUGCCAGUGCUCCUGGUGAAGGGGAGCAUAAAAUCAUGGAUUACAUCAGGAGACAAAGAGCUCAACCGAACCACGACCCAAACACUCACCACUGUCUGUGUGGGGCUGAUGCUGAUCUGAUCAUGCUUGGCUUAGCUACACAUGAACCAAACUUCACCAUCAUUAGGGAGGAGUUCAAACCAAACAAACCCAAGCCGUGUGCUCUCUGUAACCAGAUGGGGCAUGAGGUUAAGGAUUGCCAAGGUCUGCCCAGAGAGAAACAAGGGAAGCACGAUCAGUUUGCUGACACCAUGCCAGUCUCGGAGCAAGAGUUCAUCUUCAUCCGCCUGUGUGUCCUGAGAGAGUACUUGGAGAGAGAGCUCACCAUGGCCAGCUUGCCUUUCACUUUUGAUUUUGAAAGGAGCGUUGAUGACUGGGUCUUCAUGUGCUUCUUUGUGGGGAAUGACUUCCUCCCUCAUCUGCCAUCUCUGGAGAUCAGGGAGGGAGCCAUCGAUCGCUUGGUUAACAUCUAUAAAAACGUGGUGCACAAAACAGGGGGCUACCUGACUGAAAGUGGGUUUGUAAACCUGCAGCGGGUCCAGAUGAUCAUGCUGGCUGUUGGGGAAGUUGAAGACAGUAUUUUCAAAAAGAGGAAAGAUGACGAUGAUAACUUUAAAAGACGGCAAAAAGAAAAAAGGAAGAGAUUAAAGAGGGAUCAGCCUUCCUUUAUUCCUGGUGGCCAGUUUUCCCCUCAAGCCCUGGGAAAUCGAUCCAGCCCUCAGGCAAUCUGUAACCCCCGACAAGCUGCCUUUGAGAUGAGGAUGCACGAGAGGCAGAACUCUACAACUUCAGCAUCUCCCAACACCAGCCUGACUCCUGAUGGCAGCCCAUCCCUGGGAGGAGGAAUUAAGCGGAAAGCUGAAGACAGUGACAGUGAACCUGAGCCAGAGGAUAAUAUCAGGUUGUGGGAAACGGGCUGGAAGCAGCGCUACUAUAAAAACAAAUUCGAUGUGGAUGCCUCGGAUGAGAAAUUCCGUCGCAAGGUUGUGCAGUCCUAUGUGGAAGGGCUUUGCUGGGUCCUCAGAUAUUAUUAUCAGGGCUGUGCAUCCUGGAACUGGUAUUACCCUUUCCACUACGCCCCCUUUGCCUCGGACUUCGAGGGCAUCGCGGACAUGCCUUCAGACUUUGAGAAGGGAUCCAAACCGUUCAAGCCUCUGGAGCAGCUCAUGGGAGUGUUCCCGGCUGCCAGUGGGAACUUCCUGCCGCCCACAUGGAGGAAACUCAUGACAGACCCGGAAUCAAGCAUCAUUGACUUCUACCCUGAAGACUUCGCUAUUGAUUUGAAUGGGAAGAAGUACGCUUGGCAAGGUGUGGCUUUGCUGCCCUUCGUGGAUGAGCGACGCCUCAGAGCUGCCCUGGAGGAAGUGUACCCUGACCUGACUCCUGAAGAGAGCAGGAGGAACAGUCUUGGUGGUGACGUUCUCUUUGUGGGCAAGCACCAUCCGCUCUGUGACUUCAUCGUGGAGCAGUAUAAGAGCAAGAACACGGAGGCAGUGGACAUUCCUCCAGAGCUGUGCCAUGGCAUCCAGGGAAAGCUCACCCUGAAUGACAACGCCGUCCUCCCGGAUCAGGUGGUGGAGUCUCCUGUUCCCAUGCUGCGGGAUCUGACACAGAACUCUGCAGUCAGCAUCUCAUUCAAAGAUCCACAAUUUGCUGAAGACUUUGUUUUCAAGGCUACAGUGUUACCUGGGGCAAAGAAGCCUGCUCCAGUUCUGAAGCCAGGAGACUGGGAAAAAACCAACAAUGAUGGCAGGCCUUGGAGACCACAGCUUGGCUUUAACAGGGACAGGAAACUGGUGCAUUUGGACCAGUCAGCGUUCAGAACCUUGGGGCACACGAUGCCAAGGGACAGGGGCAUGCCAGGGAUGUACCCCAACGCUGUGCCGCUCGGAGCCUACGGCAGCCCCUACGCCCGGCCCCUCAUGGGCAGCCAGCAGCAGAUCCCCAAGCUGCUCUCAAAUCUCCGGCCCCAGGAGUCCUGGCGAGGCCCCACGCCCUUGUUCCAGCAGACACCACAAAGGACCGCCGGAACCGCUCCUCUGCUCGCCUGGAACCGCAUGCUGCAGUCCCCAAACCAAUUCCAGCCAGCUCAGUACCAGGGGCUGGGACCCAUGGCGUACCCACAGAGACCUGAGGACCGCAUGGACAGGGGCAGACAGGCGUAUGGCCCCGGGAGGCCCUACCCGCUCCCACCAGGAAGGUACAGCUGGAAUUAGCUCCUGCCUCCUGUCUGUUUUUUAAAACAUGGAAAACGUCCGGGUUUUUUUGCUUAUUUGUUCUUUUUAUUAUUAUGUGUGGGGUGAGGGGGGGAGGAAGAAGGAAAGGAAAAAAAUGAAGUUGUUAAGCACCAUCCCUGUAGUUUUUAAAGCGACGCCUGUUUUAAACGUGCACAUUUCCUACGGACCCGAUGCUGAAUUUUUGGAAGGGACUGGGAAGAGCGGGAGCGUCCACGUUGUCAUCCUGUGCCUGCCGCUCUGAGCUCCAAACACACACAAGAGCCUGAGAACAGGCACGGAGGUGAAAAGAAUGCCCAGAAAUGGGAUUUUAGGAACUCCUGGGGCAGACCCAGCGGGCAGCCGGCGGCGCUGAAAGACGAGGCUCUCACUGCUCCUCCAGUUCCUCGCAGAGAGAAGGAGAUUUUUGGACUCUGAAGUAAAAACAUUUUGACUUUUAA